AUGACAAAGGAGAAAGACAACCAUUACGUCACUCUCGGCGUCUCUCGAACCGCGCCCGCCAGCACCAUCAGGGCGGCGUACCUUCGCCUGGCCAAGCAGUAUCAUCCUGACCUUAACGUCAGCGCUUCCAGCACUGACAAGUUCAAGCGGAUUCAGGAGGCGUAUGCAGUUCUGCGCGAUGCGGAGAAGCGCGCCGACUACGACGCCUCUCUCCCGCGACCGGCCGCAGGUACAGAGGGGUACUCUGCCGGACGGAGACACGCCUUCCGCGGCCCCGAGUGGCGAGGCGAGCGGGAGUUCGACGAGCAUUUCAGAGCGCAAGUGGAACGGAUCCAACGAGAAAGGGAACAGGCGCUAAAGGAUAUGGAAAAGCAACGGACCCGAUACGGAUUCACUUCGUCAUUUGCCGGCUUCCGCGCGUCGAGGUCUCAAACGCCUGGAGGCGGCACGCCCCCGCCCGGCUUCUCUCCGCUUCCGCAUGCUCUCCUUCGCACCCUUCCGCUGCUGCUGCUCCCCUGCCUGCUCGUCUACGGGGUGUAUCGACAGGCCAAGUACCGGCGUGAUAAUUACGCGCCGGCCCACUCCCCGAGUCCCAUACUCUACGACGAACUAGGUCGAGCGUUCAUGACCGAUUCGAAAGGCCGGCAGUACCGUGUCAUGGAAUUCGACGUCCGGGAUAGGAGGUCGGGGGGUUUUUAA